AUGGGAGGAGGUCGUGGUGGUGGCGGUGCCCGCAGUAGCUCUUUCAGCUCCGGAUCUCGAAGUUCUGGUUCAUCUUUCUCCUCUUCUUCUGGAUCAUAUUCUAGACCGAGUACCGGCACCAGCAGUUACAGAUCUGGAAAUACCCAGUAUAACUCUAAUUUCCGUCAAAAUGUUUUCCAUUCUUCCACUUCGACGACCACUUUUAUGUAUUCUCCCAUGACCCAUUCUCACGUCAUCAUAUCUCCGAUAACUCCAAUCUAUUUCGGCAGUUAUCAUUAUUACUGGGGUGGUCAUUAUGUCCAUUCUCCGGAAAGGCCACAAACUUGUGAAUAUACAAUCACAGAAGAUGAUCAAGAAUUGAGAAAUGUAACAUUCUCAAAUGGUACCAAACCAACAACUCUAAACUUUGGAUGUAAAAGUUCAGAAUCUUGUUGUGGACUCGAGUGUUGUUCGAACAACUCCACAUUGAUAACUAUUGUAGUUAUUUUCGUGGGAAUCGUCGUCCUUAUUAUGGUUUGCUCUUGGUGCAGCAAGAAAGGAUAUUGUCAGAAUGAGUCAGUUGUAACCACUGGAGUUCCUGUUAUUGCCACUACGACCACAACUCACACAUUCACAACUCAAUCCGGUCCACCACCACCGCCAGGAUUCCAACCACAAUUCGGCGCAACUCCAAGUGCUCCGGUAUAUGCUGCUCCUCCAGCCUACAACAACUACGAGCAGAACUCGCCAUACGGUGGAAGACCAAUCAGUUCUGGUCAAAUCCACACUUCCUACAAACAAUGA